AUGGCGCAGGACGACAAGAAGCCCACCGCCGCGGAGAAGGGCAAGGGCAAGGCAGACGAUGUUCCCAUGUCAAAUGGCGACAAGAGCGACGCCACAGAAAAGACAGCCGACAAAGCAGGCGAGCCAAAGAAGCCCGGCGAACCUGUUCCUGAGGAAGAACUCAGCGAAGAGGAUCAACAACUCAAGACUGAUCUCGAGAUGCUGGUUGAGAGAUUAAAAGAAAAUGAUGCCUCUCUUUACCAGCCCUCGAUCGACGCCAUCAAAAACUUUAUCAAGACCUCGACUUCCUCCAUGACCGCCGUGCCCAAACCCCUCAAAUUCCUCCGCCCUCACUACGAUGAAAUCGCCGCCCUUUACGACAAGUGGUCUGCCGGAUCCGACAAGGACUCUCUGGCAGAUAUGUUGUCGGUGUUGGGCAUGACAUAUGGGGAUGAAGACAAGCUAGAAACCCUGAAAUUCAGACUGCUGUCGAACAGGUCGGACGAUCUGGGAUCCUGGGGUCACGAAUACAUCAGACAUCUAGCGCUUGAGAUCGGUCAAGAAUACCAGAAUCGCCUGACAGACGAAAAGGACGUCGGCGACUUGACGGAUCUGGCUCUGUCCUUGGUACCCUACUUCCUCAGCCACAACGCGGAAGCCGAUGCUGUGGAUCUUCUCAGUGAGCUGGAGAUGAUCGAGGAGAUCACGCGAUUCUUGGACGAGAAUACUUUCGGCCGUGUUUGCCUGUACAUGACUAGCAUGGUCAACUUGCUCACCUAUCCCGACGACAUCGCUUUCCUCAAAACCGCCCACGACAUCUAUGUUAAGUACAACAAGCUUGCCCAGGCAAUGGUCCUUGCAAUAAGAUUGAAUGACCACGAGCUUAUACAGCAGGAUUUGGAAUCGACGGACGAUUUGGCACUGAAGAAACAGCUCGCUUUCCUGAUGGCCCGACAGCGCAUAUCGGUAGACCUUGGGGGCGAUGGCAAGGAUGAACAGGAGAUUGCUGAGUGUAUAGGAAACACACAGCUGCCUACCCACUUCAAGACCUUAGCUAAAGAGCUCAACAUUCUAGAGCCCAAGGUGCCGGAGGAUAUCUACAAGACACAUCUGGAGAGCGGUCGCGGUAGCUCGGCCGCCGCAGACUCAGCGAAGCACAACCUGGCCAGCUCAUUCGUCAACGCUUUUGUCAAUGCAGGAUUCGGCACCGACAAGCUUAUGUUGGUAGAAGGCGAACAACGCCCGUGGGUAUGGAAGACGAAAGAUGAUGGCAUGCUAUCUGCCACGGCAUCGCUGGGAAUGCUCAUGCAAUGGGACGUGGAGGGCAGCUUGGACGUCAUCGAUAGAUUUCAACAGGCUUCCGAGGACUCCAUUAAGGCUGGAGCUUUACUGGCGUAUGGCGUGGUCAAUUCCGGGGUCAGAAUGGAAGGUGACCCAGUCAUUUCUCUGCUCAGCGAUGACGAUGUGCUCAACAGCAACAAACCUUCCAUUAGAGUGGCUGCGAUUAUGGGUCUGGGUUUGUCGUAUGCUGGCUCAAAUCGGGAAGACCUGUUGGAUUAUCUGCUGCCCAUCCUUGAGGACAACGGCCUGGAGAUGCAAUUGUCUGCAAUGGCUGCUGUCUCGUUGGGUAUGAUUUUUGUGGGAUCCUCGAAUCACCAAGUCGCCGAAGCCAUCGCCACCCAGAUGAUGGAUGAAGUGAGGCAGAAGCAGCUCAAGGACAAGUGGGCAAGAUUCAUGGCGUUGGGAUUGGCCCUUCUCUACUUUGGCCGGCAAGAGGAGGUCGAUGUGAUCCUGGACAUCCUUAAGGCGGUUGACCAUCCCAUGUCCUUGCCUACUGCGACACUGGCCUCGGUCUGUGCCUGGGCAGGUACAGGAGCUGUGCUUAAGCUGCAAGAUCUCCUUCACCUGCUGAAUGAUCACUUGGAAGACAAGGAAGAUAACGUCGGCGAGCAAUUGGUACAAUCAUACUCUGUGCUCGGUCUGUCUUUGAUCGCCAUGGGCGAGGAUGUCGGUCAGGAGAUGAUUCUUCGACAAUUUGGCCACUUAAUGCACUACGGCGAGGCUAACAUCCGGAAGGCCGUGCCUCUCGCCAUGGGUUUGAUCAGCCCCAGCAAUCCACAAAUGAAGAUCUACGACACCCUGUCACGCUACAGUCACGACAAUGACAACGAUGUUGCCAUCAACGCCAUUUUCGCAAUGGGUCUGGUCGGAGCCGGGACGAACAAUGCUCGUCUCGCACAACUGCUGAGACAGCUAGCCAGCUACUACCACCGGGAUCAGAAUUCGUUAUUCAUGGUCCGAAUCGCCCAGGGUCUCGUCCACAUGGGCAAAGGCACGAUGUCUCUCAACCCUUUCCACACCGACCGACAGGUCUUGUCAAGAGUCGCUGCGGCAGGUCUUCUGACCGUGCUGGUAUCCCUGAUCGAUGCGAAACAGUUCAUCCUCGGCGACGCGCAUUACCUCCUCUACUUUCUGGUCACAGCCAUGUAUCCGAGAUUCCUGGUGACGCUCGAUGAAGACUUGAAACCACUUACCGUGAACGUACGAGUCGGCCAAGCAGUCGAUGUCGUGGGUCAAGCUGGUCGACCGAGAACCAUUACCGGUUGGCAAACCCAGAGCACGCCGGUGUUGUUGGCGCAUGGAGAACGAGCGGAGUUGGAGGACGAGGAAUAUAUUUGUUUGAGCAGCACGCUCGAGGGUUUGGUCAUUCUACGCAAGAAUCCGGAAUGGGAGUCCACAAAGUAA